AUGCCUGCUUCCUCCUCAGAGGCGAGGAGGUGGAAGAAGCGGAGACGGGAGCCCCAAAUUUCGAGAAAAUUGAAAGCUCCUCAAUCUGCCCAGGACGACGAUGGUUUGGAAGACGACGAUGAAGACGAUGAAGAGCUUAUCGAGGAUGAGAAUGUUGGCAAUGGUCAAAACCCUAGUAACUUUUCCAUGGAACGGACGGUUCAGGUUAGGGAGAGCGAAGCCGUGUCUGAAGAUGGGGAACGAGUUAGUAGUUUCCCUAUCGUGGUGAAGCGCUCCGUGUACCGGCCCCAUUCUUCGGUGCUAUCGGUGGUGGCCAUGGAGAAGGCUGGGAAUAUGGGGGAAAGUAGAGGGCCGGGGCAAAGUGGAAUCUUUCUGGAGAAUAUUUCCCAUGGGCAACUACAGGCCUUGUCUUCUGUGCCAGCUGAUUCCUCUGCAUUGGCUGAGGAGAGCGGGAGUGGCAGUGGAUCGUAUGUGAUAUCGCCACCUCAGAUUAUGAAGGGUAAAGGGGUGAUUAAGAAGUUUGGCAGUGCUGAAAGGGUGCAUGUUGUGCCAUGUCAUGCAGAUUGGUUUUCACCCGAUUCGGUGCACAGACUGGAGAGGCAGGUUGUGCCUCAUUUCUUCUCUGGAAAGUCAGCAGAUCAUACCCCUGAAAAAUAUAUUGAGUGUCGGAACUGCAUUGUUGCCAAGUACAUGGAGAAUCCAGAGAAGGCAUUGUCUCUUACAGAUUGUAGGGGUUUCAUUGCUAGCAUCAGUAUUGAUGACAUUACUCGUAUUUUGCGGUUUCUUGACCACUGGGGUAUCAUUAAUUAUUGCGCGGCUAGUUCCAGUCGUGAUAACCAGAAGGAUGAGACAUAUUUGCGUGAGGAUCCAAAUGGUGACCUCAAUGUCCCUGUUGCUGCUCUAAAAACGAUUGAUAGCUUGGUCCAAUUUGACAAGCCAAAAUGUAGGCUAAAGGCAUCUGAAAUAUAUCCUGAUCUAGAAUGUCAACAAGAUGAAGAUACGGAUUUUGACAGCAAAAUUCGAGAAUACUUAUCUGAAACGAGAUGUAAUUAUUGUUCUCGGCCCACUCCGACAGUAUACUACCAGUCACAGAAGGAGGUGGAUGUGCUACUUUGUAUUGAUUGCUUCCAUGAUGGAAGAUUUGUUGCGGGUCAUUCUAGCCUUGAUUUUGUAAAGGUCAAUUCUCUCGAAGGAUAUGCAGGUCUGGAUGGAGAAAGUUGGACUGACCAGGAAACCCUACUUCUCCUCGAAGGAAUGCAACUUUAUAAUGAAAACUGGAAUGAAGUUGCAGAGCAUGUGGGCACAAAGUCAAAGGCUCAAUGCAUCCUUCAUUUUGUCCGUUUGCCAGUCGAUGGUAUCCCGUUGGACAAUAUUGAAGUCCCAAGCUUCAAGAACAUGUCCAGUCUACAAAACGGAGAGAAAUGUGUGCCAUUGCACGCAAGAUCUCGUGCAGCAUGCGAUUCGCAAGACCCUGAUUCAGAAAGCAAAUUUCCUUUUGCAAAUUGUGGUAAUCCUGUGAUGGCACUGGUUGCUUUUCUGGCUUCUGCCGUGGGGCCGAGAGUUGCUGCAGCUUGUGCCCAUGCAUCAUUAGCUUCAUUAUCUAAGGAUGAUACUUCAGUUACGCCGAGAAAUUCUCUGCAGAUGGAUGGAUCAAUGAUGGGUAUGGAAGGUGGCUCCCAUGGGAAACACGUUAAUUCAGGCCAGCAGAAAGAUGCUACUGAAUUAUCUGCUGAAAAAGUGAGGACUGCUGCAAAGGAUGGUCUCUUUGCUGCUGCCACAAAGGCAAAGCUCUUUGCUGAUCAUGAGGAACGUGAAAUUCAAAGGUUAUCAGCAAAUAUUGUUAAUCACCAGUUGAAAAGAUUAGAGCUGAAGCUGAAGCAGUUUGCUGAAGUGGAGACCUUGCUGAUGAGAGAAUGUGAGCAAAUGGAAAGGACAAGGCAAAGGAUUGCCUCAGAACGUGCUCUUAUGGGGUCAUCACAAGUUGGAUCUCCUGGACUAGCUCGGCCUUUGGGCCCACAGAACGUGAGCCCCACCAUGAUUCAUGGCAAUUUUGGCAAUAAUCGUCAACAAGUUAUUCCGAAUGCUCCGCAGCCAUUCAUUUCUGGUUUUAGCAGUAAUCAAGCAAUGCAUCCACACAUGUCACUCAUCUCGCCACAACAGUCUAUGUAUGGACUUGGCCCAAGGUUGCCUCUCUCAGCCAUAAACCCAUCUUCCUCAACUCCUCCUAAUAUGAUCUUCAACUCUCCCGCAAAUCCACAUGCUGCUCUUAAUCAUGCUAUGCUGAGACCUCUAUCCGGUUCUAAAUCUGGUUUGGGUUGA